AUGACGAGCCGAGGGUCAGCAGGACCAUUGCCAUUUCAGCAGCGUGGCCGUCACAAAGCUACCAGUCUGCAAAGCGGCCCCUCCACUCCCACUAGCAGUCUCCACACUACGAUUCGAUCCGGCUCGCCUCACUCCCCUACAGCAUCAUCGAACACAUCGAGAGAUGAUGGGGCUGAGGAACACUAUGUGGAAGGCGUUCAACUGCAAGAGGCCAAAACACCAAAGAUACUGUGGGCUGCGACUCCAACACCAAAGGCAUCGCAAGCAACUUACAGCUUUGCUUUGCCUCCUCAGCCCAAGCUGAAUGCAGAGGCAAAAGCAUUUGUGCCGGACACGCCGCAAGCGCCCGUGACUGCCAAAAUCGAGGAGCCCAGCUCGGAGUUGCAUGCCGAGGCUCAGGCUGUGAUGAUGGCAGAGUCAGUCUUGGGACUGGAUGCAGAGCCAACUUCAGUGGCGUCAGUGCCAACUGUGAGCCCCAAGGGCCCAGAGAAAGAAGUGCUUUUGCCUUCAAAGGGGUCGACGCUGCACCAGCAGGGGCAGUGUCGCCCAUGUGCAUGGAUGUGGAAACCAAAAGGGUGCCAAAAUGCGACAAGCUGCGAGUACUGCCACCUGUGUCCAGAAGGAGAACUGAAGCAUCGAAAGAAGCUGAAAAUAGCUGCAAUUCGGAUGGGUGCCUUGGGGCCAUCCACAGACAAGGCCGGCAAGGCCGCUCGCAGAGACUUGAAAUUGUCAAGCUUGCUGUGA